UAUGACGGACUUGGCUACUUACUCCGUUCGCAACUUUUCUCUGAUCAAUAUUAAGAAACCAGCAGAGAAACGGGAGGUUCGUCAGUUUCAGUUCACAGCCUGGCCUGAUCAUGGUGUUCCUGAGCAUGCUACACAGGUUCUGGCAUUUGUUAGUCGCAUCAAAGCCUGUAACCCUCCUGAUGCUGGGCCAAUUGUGGUCCAUUGCAGUGGUCGCACUGGAGCCUUCAUUGUAAUCGACUCUAUGUUGGAGAGGAUCAAGCAUGAGAAGACAGUGGAUAUCUAUGGUCAUGUCACCUGUCUCCGUGCACAGCGUAACUACAUGGUACAGACUGAGGAGCAGUAUAUCUUCAUCCAUGAGGCUUUAUUAGAGGCAGUGCUGAGUGGAAACACUGAAGUACCAGCAAGGAAUCUUUAUUCCCACAUUCAGAACAAACUGACACAAACUGAGCCAGGAGAAACCAUUACAGGAAUGGAGAGCGAGUUCAAGCGUCUGGCCAAUCAGAAGGCUCUGCCAUCGAAGUUUGUGAGUGCAAAUCUACCAGCCAACAAGUUUAAGAACCGAUUGGUCAACAUUCUUCCAUAUGAAUCAACUCGUGUCUGUUUGCAGCCAAUACGUGGCGUUGAGGGUUCUGACUACAUCAAUGCAAGCCAUAUCGAUGGCUAUAAGCAGAAGAGUUCGUAUGUUGCUACCCAAGGGCCCCUUGCAGAGACCACUGAAGACUUUUGGCGUAUGCUGUGGGAGCAGAAUUCAACCAUUAUUGUCAUGCUGACCAAGUUGAGGGAAAUGGGACGGGAGAAGUGUCAUCAGUACUGGCCCGCUGAACGGUCUGCUAGAUACCAGUACUUCGUUGUUGAUCCAAUGUCUGAGUACAAUAUGCCACAGUACAUCUUACGGGAAUUUAAGGUCACUGAUGCUCGGGAUGGACAGUCACGAACCAUUCGUCAGUUUCAGUUUACUGACUGGCCAGAUCAAGGGGUUCCCAAGUCAGGAGAAGGUUUCAUUGACUUCAUUGGCCAGGUUCACAAAACCAAGGAACAGUUUGGCCAGGAUGGACCGAUCACAGUUCAUUGCAGUGCUGGUGUUGGACGCACUGGUGUGUUUGUCACACUCAGUAUUGUUCUUGAAAGAAUGCGAUUUGAGAGUGUUGUGGACAUGUACCAGACAGUGAAGAUCUUGCGAACUCAGCGUCCAGCUAUGGUCCAGACAGAGGAUCAGUACCAGUUCUGCUACCGAGCAGCCUUUGAAUACCUUGGAUCAUUUGAUCACUUUACAUAAAGCAGAAUGUAGUCAAGACCAACUCAUACUGCUCGUCAUACAACUCGUACAGUCUAUACUAUCCUGACGACAAUUGUAAAUAGCACGUUGAUGCAUUUCCCUGUAGAAUCCUUGCUAUUUUUGUGGUUGCGGGUUUUCAAUUUGAUAUAAAUGGGGCAUUUGCCUGGCUUGUUGCGUAGUUGGCAAAUUUACUACUAUCAUUUCAUUGGCUCAUCUCCUCGCUGCUGGGCGUUAUAGUUGUGAAUAUGACAAGUUGGUGAGUCAGGGUAAUGAGCCAACUUAUCUGACUGGUUUAUGUUACAAAAUCUACAUUGCAUUAUACUAAUGUAACAAAAGUGAGUAUUACAAAUUGGUCCGAGAGGUUAAACUUUGAAAUGCCAAUACUUCUGAAAUGCCAAGAAACAAAUUUACAUGAAAACAAUUGCCUUGAGUAUCAAAAGCACAGUGAAAUCAAUUGGUCAUCAUGUUUGGUGACUUGACUUGGCACACACACUGACACAUCAGUUAUUUAUAGGGUGUCUUUAUAAUGAACAAUCAGGCAACAAUACUAGAAUAUAAUCCAAUCAUUGGAUGAAUUAUUUUGAUUUGAUUAAUUCAAAGAAAAGUACUUAUGUUGUAAAGUAAAGUUUACCGCUAACAGCUUCAGUUUAUAGCUUAUUUUGUAAUAUUCUUGAAAUAUGUCUUGCAGUAAGAAGUAUUUUGUACAAUGUUUACAUUUUAAAGAAUGGGUGUUUUUUUAAGUUGACUUUCUGUGUAUGGAUGUAGACUAGAGGUUAAUUUGAACAUAUCUCCAGCUUGGAGGUAUUCAAUUGGUGCUGGGUACAGUGUUAAUGUUCAUGCUUUUCUAAGGACUUGUAGGUGACUUGUAUGUAGCAUUGAUCUAGUGUUAAAGUAAAGAACAAGAUGUCAUUUUGGAAGUGUUUGUAAUAUUUUGUAGACUAAUUGGCUGUACCUAGGAAGUUGUAUUGGUUUGUGUGUAUGACACUUGAAGUUGAGUGAUUGCAUGAUCGCCAGUAAUUGGUUUAGUUGAUAACAUUUAUAUGAUGCCUCAUUUUAAUUGAUUUCAGUACUUGAAUUGUUAAAGCUGCAUUCAUUAUCAAGUAACUUGUGUAGUUAAUUGAGUAUAUCUUUAAAGCUUACCUUUUGUAACAAAAAAAAUGUAUUCAUUUGAUUUUGUAUUCAGUAUGUCUUAGUUAGAAUUUAAAAGCGAUACAGCCAAAGUUCUGAUAUUCAACCUUUAUUCAGAUGACAUAAUUCAACUUCCAGUUCAGACAUGAAAAAGAAUUUAAAAAAAAAAAAAAGUGUAGGUUGUAAUUUGAUUUUGUCUUAACCCUUGCUUUAAUACAUAUUCAUGACAAGUACACAGUGUUCCUGUAUAUUCAGAUGAUGUAGUUUCUCUACCACUUAGAUCAAUGUAGUUAUGUUUGGGCUGCAAGAAAGUCUUGGCAUGUAAGUGGUCCUAUUUAUGGCACGUGGGCAUUCUCAGGAUGUAGUUCUUGAAGAAACUUUUAGGACUUUGCACAAUUUAAAGAAUCAAUGUGAUGUUUGAUCAAUCUUCUUUUCCUUUCCAUUGUUGCAUAUUUUAUUUUAAAGGUACCCAAUGCAAAUAAAGUACAGAUAAAGGGCUUUUUGUCGCAACACUGUUAAAGAUGAAAGAUGAAAAAAACAAUUUUGGGGGGUUUUGCUUUUUUGGGGGGGGGGGGGCAUUUCACAGUGUAAGAGGGUACAUUUCAGUUUGGAAUUUUAAACCCAGAAAAAAAAUUAUUUUUUUUUUUUUUAUAAAUGGAACAAAACUUCACAAGAGUCUUGUAGCUGCACAUAAUGGAACUUAUGAUAGGUGCUUAGUUUGAGCCAAAGGGGAUAUACAUGCAUUACUCAGCUAAUCAAGUUGUCUUCCAUCUGCUUUCAUGAAGAUAGCCACUUCCACUCUAUCAUGCCCAAUAAAUGCAGAUUGAGAAAUUUAGACUCGCCUUUGUUCAUCUUUUAAGAAGUAAUUGGACAUUUAACAAAUAAGAUUUGAAACUUUGCAUGGCGGUAGUGUCAACUAGUGAGGAUUUGCAGUCUCAAAAGAGAACGAGAUUCUUCCACAUGGUGUUACUGCAACCCUCAUUAGUUCAUUUAACAAAUGUAAUGUAAUGAUGUAAUUGGGGCAUUUUAGAAUGUUUUAUAUUUCUUUUUGUACAUAACAUGCAAUUGGUGCUUCUGAAGUUGAAUGUAGGAUAGAUAGUGUACAAUGAUCAGUUGUCAAAGAUUUUGUACGUAUUUGAUAGAAAAUUUAGCAUGGGUAAUUUCCUCCCUCUGAAAUGUUGAAAAGUGUGUAUGAGAACGUUGAUUGCAUACUGAUAACAACCAUCAGAGUCAGAUUAUAAGAGAAUGGUCAACGGCAAGGUGACUAGUCAACAUUCAAUAUUGGUUGGAAUUAUUGGGAUCAUAUUGCAUAUUCAAAUCUGGCUGGAACUCACUACAAUCACACUGAGUAAUUGUCAUUGUUUGCUAAGUUCAUACAUUGUUAGUGGGACAUAUUCGAAGUAGAAGUGUCAUAGGAUUGUUGACCCCGUGGUUGAAUACACUAGAACUAUAACACUGAAAUGUAUUUGGCUAUUUGCAUGGCUGCAUUGUACAGGUACUAUGUAUAGCCCCUUUUGGGUUUGCAUGAGAAUGGUAUCAUUGUUGGUGUAAAUGUUCUAGAAAUAGAACAGGAUGUAUAGAAUAAUGUUCCCAUAUAUUGACAGCUUUCUUUUUGUGGUGUUGAGGUCGAGUCCACAAUUCUGCCCAAGUCAAGUGGCAAGUUAUUCACAUUUCUGUAAUAAGUACAUCCUCUUGUUCAUUCACUUGUGACUUGACUUGUGCUGGACUUGACUACAACACUGCUGUCAUAUUUUAAUACCACGCCUUCCUCAUUUUCAUAGUAUGCAAUCCCUUCCUUGUUUUGUGAAUGUCUGCUUCGUUUGAAGUUGUGUAAGUUUUGCUAUGAAUGAGUAAGGUGCUAUGGGGCAGUUUUGUGAGUUUGGGCUCAUGAGUACCAAUGAUGUUUCAGUGAAGUACUAUGCAGGGCGGUCCAAAACAAAACAAACGCAACCUCAUACUUCCACUAUUCAGAGACCUGCACUAUUGAUAUGUAUGGAUAGGACAUUUUGUUGGAAGGAAAAUGAUACCAAAGACUCCCGAUUCGGUCCAGUAGUUUUGAUGCCAGUGCUUUUCUUAUGAACCAAAGUCAUGGGCUCUAAUUAGGAUUAUCGCACACAGUGAACAAAAGGAUUAUCUUAACCCCUGACAUUGGUUCACAAAAAUGGCACUGGAAUCAAAACUACUGAACCAAAUCGGGAGUUCUUGGUAUCAUUUUCCUUCUAACAAAAUUUCCUAGCCAUACAUAUUAAUGGUUUAGGUUGCUGGAUAUUGGAAGUAUGAGAUUGCAGGGUUUUUUUGGACCACCCUGUAUAUGCAUGAGAAACGUGUCAUGCAUAACAAACCUACAAUAACGAUUUGCUUAUCGUUAUGAUUAUGCUACCUCCUUACACUUACUACAUCCGACACUAGGGUUUUUUAAUUGAUAAUUUUUCUGUAUCCUGAUGAACUUAGUACAGAUAUUUUUUAUGUUAACUUAUUCAUAUAACUAUCAAGAAAUAAAAAUACAUUCAAGCCAUUGUAUUCAGUACAUCAUUUAGGUCAAGAAGAAGGUAUACAGAAGGUAUACAGAAAGUAAGUUGUACAAUGUUUGAAGUAGCACUUUGAUCACAAAAAUAUCGAGUAUUGCUGCAGAAUAAGUUUUCAUUUCUGUUUUGAAAAUAUGUUGCCACAUAAGCCACUUGUUGGAAAGAAGGCAGGGAAUGGCGAGCGUCAAAUGAUACACAAAACGUGUUUAAAUUUGAAAACUGUUUUGAAAAAAUUCAAAUUAUAUGACUUAACUGUAGUACAUAAAUUAAUGUGUAUUUGUCAAUGGUUAAGACAGUGUUGGCAAUGUGUUGAUUUGGUAGUAUGGUAAGUUUACCAGCUUGUCUCAGUUUUCUACUUAACAUGUACAUGUACUUUGUAGCCGGUAGUCGACCUUACUUAUGGUUUACCGAGUGUGAUGUAAAAAUCCAUUUUGUCUUAUGCAUAAUUCAAUAGCAAUAUGAUGCCGACUCUACAGACACUGGAUUUUGUAGUAUUUACAUGUAAAAGUGAUGGAACUUUAUGAGCAAGAUAGCUAUUCACUUUAAUGCUUCAUUAUUACUGCUUUUAAUACGUCAAUUUUAAAUGUACAAGUUAAUUAGCAUAGUUUUUAUUAUUGUAUACCCACCAAUGCUUAGUUUUACCUGGUGUUAAGUCAAGAUGCAUUCAUUGUGUACAUGUGCUCAAAUUUUGUAUCAAUUAAAAAAAAAUCCAAUACUAAUGUA